AUGUGUCUUCCUAUUGGUUGUUUGAAAUGCAUAGUUGAAUUUGAGGCUAUUCUCAUAUUGAUUGCAGGGUUGGGAAGUUUUGGCUUUACGAUAUACUUGUAGAUCGAAUUUAACUUGGCAAAAGAAGAUGAUGAAACAAAUAAAGGGUAGGGAAUUUUGGUUGCUUUUUGGAUAUUCUCUUCCUCAAUGAUUCUGAACGGGAUAAUUGGAAUCUUUGGAGGAAAGAAAAAAAGCGCUUGUCUCCUAUUAAUAUUUAAUUUGGUUAAUAUUGCAUUGUUUCUCGGAUUUGUAGGUCUUACAGUUGCAGGAUAUGUGCGCGCACAUUAAAUUAAUGGAUUAGAUGUUUCUACAUAUUGUUCGAAUAAUCCUCCCUUACAACAAACUUGGGAUUUAGGGCAAAACCUUUUAUGUUCAGCCGAAUGUUAAUGCUAUAUAGAGGACCCAACAAAUCUUCCAACCGCUUAUUUUAAUCACACAACAAAUUCAUCAGCAGCAAAUAGAGUUUAGGAUUGCUCAUCCUUUGAUAACUGGGAUAGUUCUCGGAGAUCUUAAGCUAAAUUAUUUAAAAGUCUUGAAAAAAAAUACGAUUGCUCAGGAUGGUGCACUCCAUUUUCUUUGUAAAUAUUUUACGAUAUCAAUCACAAAUUUGAUGAAAGUAAUAAUCAAUGCUUACUUUCGUCCCAAUAAUAAAUAUACGAUACUCUAAAACUUAUAGGUGAUAUUUCAGCUGGAGCGGUUGUAAUAAUGGGUCUAAUGGUUAUAUUUACUUUUUGUCUAUGCUGUCAUCCAACCAAAAAAGAUUAGGAUUAUUAUUAAAAAUUAGCCUAUUAUGAUUCUUGA